CAUCCUAAGUGUGUGUUUGUUGAUUGGUCUGACAUUGAUGAAAAUGUUGGUGAGGGUCGGAUUCUUUCUUCUGAUCCGGAUGACAUAGUGAAUGACUGUCGUCUUGGCCCUUAUGAUCUCAAAGUGUUAGUUGAAGCUGCAUAUAAACCAGAUGCAUUUCUAUGGAGACCUGCACAAAAGAUCUUUCAUAUGAAAGAAGCUGUUGGACAUAUAAUCGCAUGGCCAACUGAUAAGUGUAGACUGGUAGACAACAACAUCCAAAUGGAAGACAUUGCCCCUAUGGGUAUACAAGGAAACAAAUGUAAACUAUUGGAUUUGUCUAAGGGUGACGUCAUUGUUGCUGAGGGGCGUUGGGAGACACAAGAACCAAGUGCGUUGGUUAACGGAAUUCCUCUUGGACCAAAAGCAGUUAAAGUAUUUGUGGAUUCAGUAAAGCAGCCUGAUACAUCACUAUGGAGACCUACAGCUGAAAUGUCAUUUCUUGAGGACUGUUUGAUGGCUUACGUAUCUUGGCCCCUGAGUAAGGUUGAUUUUGAAAAUCCCUCAACUCCAACUGGUCAGAAUGCUACAUCACAUGCUUCUUUGUCUGCAUCAAAGGCCAAGUCUGCAGCCACAGCUUCUAAGUCUGCUACAGAGUCCAAAACUUCAGCAACAGCUUCAAAGGCUGCAUCGCAGGCCAAAUCUGCAUCUAUGUCUUCUAAGUCUGCAUCUGGUUCUGAAUCUCCUGUUGAUGAUGCAACGGGUCCAAUAUCUCUAAUAAAGAAUACUUUACCAUCACAGUCUCCUCUUAGGAAGUCUCCAGUAAGUGUUUUCAUACNAAAUGUCAUUUCUUGA